GCUCAGCCCAGCUCUACUCUACAACGAGGCUGAGGGAGACACGGCGUUGAAUUACACAGGCGGCCAGUGUAUAAAGGGACGAGGCGUGGGGAAAUGCACGCGGAGGGAAGCGGCUGUGCCGUCAGUGAAAUGCGCCUGAGAUUUAGCCCCUGAAUGCACACGACGCCACCGAAAUGCCGGGCUGGAAGAAAAAUAUCCCCGCUUGUCUACAAGCCGACCAGGAAGGAGAGUCAUGUGACCAAACAACAUGGUGCCGACCACAGCGGAGUUUGUCUUUGGGAGAAGUGGCAACAAAACUACAUCUGAUGAGGGGCCCUACACUAAACACUCCAAUCCCUCCAGGCCACCAGAUGGCGCGCUGGCCGUUAGGAGACAGAGUAUUCCAGACGAAUUUAAGGGCACAAGCACUGUGGAGCUGAUCAAGAAGGAAGGCACCACCCUGGGCCUGACCGUAUCCGGAGGCAUCGACAAAGACGGCAAGCCCCGUGUCUCAAACUUGCGCCAGGGCGGAAUCGCUGCCAGGAGUGACCAGCUGAACGUAGGGGACUAUAUAAAGUCUGUAAAUGGCAUCAACUUGACAAAGUUUCGUCAUGAUGAGAUCAUCAGUCUUUUGAAGAAUGUGGGCGAGAGGGUCAUGUUGGAGGUGGAGUAUGAGCUGCCACCUGUCUCUGUCCAGGGCUCAGGAGUCAUGUUCAAAAACAUGGAGGUGACGUUACACAAAGAAGGCAAUACAUUCGGUUUCGUCAUCAGGGGAGGUGCCCACGAAGACAGAAACAAAUCUCGCCCGGUUACCAUAACAACCAUCAGACCCGGUGGUCCGGCUGACAGGGAAGGUACCAUCAAACCUGGUGACAGGUUGCUCAGCAUCGAUGGAAUCCGUCUGCACGGAGCGUCUCACGCUGAGGCCAUGAGCAUUCUCAAACAGUGUGGCCAGGAAGCCACUCUGCUCAUUGAGUAUGAUGUGUCAAUCAUGGAUUCAGUAGCGACAGCUUCAGGUCCGCUGCUGGUGGAAGUGGCCAAGUCGAUGGGCUCCAGUUUAGGUCUGGCUCUCUCUACCUCCAUGUACUGCAACAAGCAGGUCAUCAUCAUCGACAAGGUCAAACCAGCCAGCAUUGCUGAUAGGUGUGGUGCACUGCACGCGGGUGAUCACAUUCUGUCGGUGGAUGGCACAAGUAUGGAGUAUUGCACACUGGCCGAGGCCACCCAGCUGCUAGCUAGUGCUUCAGAACAUGUCAAAAUGGAAAUUUUGCCCCACCACCAGACAAGACUGGCUCUCAAGGCCCCUGAACAUGUCAAGGUGCAGAGGAGUAACCGGACAUUGCCAUGGGAAUCCGGAACUAACAACAACAGCAACUUCCUUCCCUACCAACACUAUAACACCUACCACCCCGACCAGUCCCGCAGCCAGACCAAGCAGAAAACCUCUCCAAACAACCCCCCUCUGGGUUCAUCGUUCUCUCCCACCUCCAUGAGUGCCUACAGUCUGAGCUCACUCAACAUGAACACACUGCCGCGCACCAUGUAUCCCACUAGUCCCCGUGGCACCAUGAUGAGACGUAAACUGAAGAAGAAAGACUACAAGAGCUCAAUGUCUCUGGCUUCCAGCACUGUUGGACUGGCUGGUCAGGUGGUCCAUACAGAAACAACAGAGGUGACCCUCAUUAGCGACUCCAUUAUGGGCUUUGGAAUCCAGCUCCAGGGAGGGGUCUUUGCCACUGAAACCCUGUCCUCACCGCCGCUCAUUGCUUACAUAGACCCCGACAGCCCAGCAGAGCGGUGUGGCAUCCUGCAGAUUGGCGACCGCAUCCUGUCAAUAAACGGAAUCCCUACAGAGGACAGCACGCUGGAGGAGACCAAUCAGCUGCUGAGGGACUCCAGCAUCACCAGCAAAGUCACACUGGAGAUUGAGUUUGAUGUAGCAGAGUCGGUCAUCCCAAGCAGUGGAACCUUCCAUGUGAAGCUACCAAAGAAGCCAGGUGUGGAGCUGGGCAUCACCAUCAGCUCUCCUUCCAGUAGGAAGCCUGGAGAUGCACUCAUCAUCUCCGACAUUAAGAAAGGAAGUGUGGCGCACAGGACGGGCACCCUGGAGCUUGGGGAUAAGCUACUGGCAAUAGAUAACAUCCGCCUGGACAAUUGCUCCAUGGAGGACGCUGUUCAGAUUCUGCAGCAGUGUGAAGACCUGGUCAAACUCAAGAUCCGCAAGGACGAGGACAACUCAGGUAUCCUACGUGAUGGCAGUGUUGAUAGGGACGCCCGUGUGCUGUUGGCCUGUGUUGCAGACGAGCAGGAGAGCUCUGGUGCCAUCAUUUACACGGUGGAGCUGAAACGGUACGGCGGUCCACUAGGCAUUACCAUCUCAGGCACCGAGGAGCCCUUUGAUCCCAUCAUCAUCUCCAGCCUCACUAGAGGAGGCCUGGCUGAGAGAACGGGUGCCAUCCACAUUGGCGAUCGCAUCCUGGCAAUUAACAGCAACAGUUUGAAGGGCAAACCUCUCAGUGAGGCCAUUCACCUGCUGCAGAUGGCAGGGGAGUCCGUCACACUGAAGAUCAAGAAGCAGGGAGAAUUGACAAGCCCAAAUCAGCCCUCAGUAACGGGUCGUUUGAAUGAUCUGGGUGACAUGGAGGAUGACAGUCAAACAGGGCAGAAACCCGGCAAACUCUCUGACAUGUAUUCCACCACCAUUCCCAGUGUAGACAGCGCAGUGGAAUCUUGGGAUGGCUCUGCCAUUGAUGCCACCUUCAGCACCCAGGCUCCCACAGGUUUCCAGGCAUCAGGCUACAGUUUCCACAGCCACGAGUGGCGGAACGCCAAGCCCAGCCGGGGCAGCCUCUCCCCGGUCAACAGUAGCCGGCAGAGGAACAACAUCCUGCCAGACUUCGGGCUCGGUGUGGAUGACUGGGACAGGCCAAGUGCUAGCGGAGUGUCCACGCUGCCUACCGGUUUAAUCUCAGACAGCAGGUUCACUGUGGGACAUGAUGGGACAGAGCCAGACCAGGAAGAGAACUUCUGGUCCCAAGCACUGGAAGACCUGGAAACAUGCGGCCAAUCUGGGAUCCUGCGAGAACUUGAGGCCACCAUCAUGUCGGGCAGCUCUUUGAGUCUAAACCAUGACCCUGCGCCCACCCGUAGCCAUCUGGGCCGCCAGGCCAGUUUUCAGGAACGCGGCAGCAACAAACUGCAAUACACACAGGCCAGCCGCAGCAACACGUUGCCCACUGACGUUGGCAAAAAGGCUUUUGCUAUGAGGAGAAUGAAGCAGGAGAUAAAGGAUAUUCUGUCGCCCACCCCAGUUGAGCUCCAUAAGGUGAGUCUCUUGAAGGACUCUGACCUUGAGGACUUUGGAUUUAGUGUGUCUGAUGGCGUCCUGGAGAAAGGGGUUUAUGUGAACAACAUCCGUCCGGGAGGGCCUGCUGACAUUGGAGGCCUGAAGUCAUAUGACAGAUUGCUACAGAUAAACCACGUCCGUACCAGAGACUUUGACUGCUGUUUAGUGGUACCUCUAAUAGCGGAAUCUGGAAACAAACUGGAUCUAGUCAUAAGCCGAAACCCAGUUUCCUCCCAGCCCUCAGAACUGAACCCGUUAUCCAAUGAAGAGCCAGUGAACUGGACUGACCCCGGAGACCCACUCAAUUCACCCACCGCAGGGCUGGAACAGGGCCAGCACAACUCCACACUAGCAGGACUGGAGGACACAGACCCCAACAAGACUUUAUAGCAGAACCUCCCUGGUGCCUGCAAUUAAGCGCUCCUCCUCAUGGUGCUAAAGUGAACUCUCCCUGAACGGCUCCCUCUGCUGGAGGAAAAAGCGAGGGUCUUGUUCUUAAAUAGCACACAACCAGACCUUUUUUCCUGAGAGCAUGAGCCACCAUGACAAGAGGUCCUUUCCUGAUGUGCUGGGUGUGUUUUUACCCUGUGAAAAUGGCGAUAAUUAUGGAAAAGACCAAACUGACCUCUUGGGAAACCAAAACUAUUUAAAAAAAAAAAAAAAAAAAAGGGAAAAAACAACCAUGACGACAACUGAAACAGUGCCAUCCUUAAUUAUUAUUGCCAAUAAACAUGAAUAGUUUGAAGGAGAAUACAAAAAACAAGCAAAAGAUGCAUAAAAGCAACAUUUUGAGACUUUUAAGGAUGAUAUGACUGGCUACACAGUGUCUGUGUUUGUGAGAAUGUGUGCGCGAGUGUGUGAAGACUUUAUAUCACAAGCUUGCAGUGCAGUCCACAAAGUCUGUCAGAGUCCAACGUCCUAAACACAGCCAUCAACCCUUCUAUUUAGUGAGACUGCAACACAAGUGUGUGUAUAGUGUAUGUCUGUGUAUUUCCUCCUGAUAUCUGAUGCCAAGGUCAAAGUGCACCCCCUUUUUUUGCUCAAAAGGAGGAGCGACAGCUGUGUGGUAAAAAAAAUAAUCAGCACAAUGAAUUUGGAAGCCAUUUUUCAGUUGUAAACUGAAUAUGGGUUAUAGCAUAAUGCAUGAGACCUAAUAUGAACUAUUUUGUAUUGGUUGAGGUAAUUUUGUCCAAAUACAAGAGCUUGGCAACAUCCACUUAUGAAAAGAAAAAACAAACCCCAUACUUCGGUUCUCUGUCCGCUAUGCUGUUAUUCAUUGUAGCUGACCUUAUGUCUCGUAUAAAUAUGAAAUCCAAUGUCACAUUGAUGAGAGGGUGGCACAAAGGCACCUUAUCUUGAAAUUGGACAAAUAUCUAUUUUUAUGAAUAGAAAAUGAUGAUUUAUAAGGGGUGUUUGUAUUUGAGUGAUGGAUAGUGAACAUGAGGGUUGCCGUGGGCUCUGUUAACCAUGUAUGGGAGCAAACUGAUGGCAUAGAAAAGGUCAUUUGAUUUAAAAAAAAAAAAAAAAAAAAAAAAAAGAAGAAGAAAAAAAAAGGCGCUUUGUACUUUGUAGAGACUCCUGUUUAUUGCCCCACUUUGAGGAAAUCCAUCACUGGCCCACAGAAUAGUACGGCUAUUUAUUCCAUUCAGUCCAAUAUCAAUCUCUUCACAAAAAAUAACAGCUGUUUAAGUAGGUAGUUGGAUAUUAACAGUUUACUAUCAGUUACAUCUAUGAUACAUAUGAUUUUUAGGAAUUACAAACAACAAUAAUAUGGAAAUGUUGGGAUGGGCUUUAGAUUUUACGGUAGAAAGUUUCCUGUUCUAAUUUGUUCUUAUUUGCUCAAAUUUGCAAUCCCUUGCAAAAAAAAAAAAAAAAAAUACCAUGGUAACCAUUGUUUCUGGCAAAAUAACACAGUUACUAGUUAAUUUUACUCUAAAAUUAGUAACAUUUAAAAUUAACUUGACUCUAAAAAGUCAUAAUAAGUUAAAAUGGGAUCUUCCAAUGGGAACGUUUCCACCAUUUAAUUUUGUGAUGACACUGGUGGCUAAUGCCAAGUUACAGUACCACUGUUUUGUUGUAGCAACAAUAACUGUAACUAUGGUAUUUUGGAGGAAAUUGGUUACUAUAGUAAAUUGUAUACCUCACUUAUAUUGACAAAAUAAAUAAAAAAAUGCAAGCAUGGGGUUAAUAUCCAUAAGAAUCCAGAAAAAAAGGUAUUUUGUAUUCCCCCCCUUUGUUUAAAUAGUUAUUAAUCAUUAUGGUAAUUUGUAUGUGGUACUGUUAUGGUUUUAUAUGUCUCAUCUGACUUGUUUUUCAGACUGUGUAAGCCCAAAGGGUGUGCAAUCUGUUUGUAAAGAGGAAAAAAAAAGUGUGUCAAAUAAUGAGAGAAUGGAUUUGUCUAUUGAGUUGUCAGUUCUACCAUAUGUGGUAGACCACUAAACAUACUUCACAUUUGUAGCUCUGCUUGAAAAAAAAAAUGUUAAAAAGAAACAUAUGGUAGUAAAGAGAAAAACAUGUUGUCAUUGGCAGGCUGCUAAUGGCAAUGAAUACCUUCACCCACCUUUGUGAAACAUUGUGGCUUUUGAUUGAGUGCCAUCACCCUUGUUGUCAAUGCUCAAAGAUCCUGUCUACUCAAUAUUUUCAAAUGGCACAUUGUGGUCCAACUACUGAACCUCAUCAAUGGUACGCUCACAUGGAGUUUCUUAAUGGAGAACGUUUGACUAUGAAAAAGUGUCUUUUUUGUUUGGUUUCAGAUAAACCUUCAGGUACGGGUUCAUUCCCCAAACUCAUGCACUGGAUUUAGAGAUGUUCUCAAAUGUCAUAGCAUAAAUCACUACAUGUUGAAUUAUGGUUUUCGAGCCCUGAUUCAAGCAUUAGUUUUCACUUUGAACAUUGUGAACAUUCAUUACAACAUGCAAUGCUUGCCUUGACCUAUGUUUGUCACAGCACUUUACUGUGUUACUGCAAAUACUCUCUGGUCAUUUGCACAAAUUUUUUGUGUAAGAAAAAAAAACCUCAUUCAUGUUCAUGUUUCAUUUAUGGAAACAUUUAGUGAAGUCAAGCACUGCCAGUUAAAGUAGUGGGUGUCCAUUUUCAGUAUAUGAUGAAUUUAUGAUUCAAUGUCACAGUUAUGUCCCUGAAAUAUUGUAUUUUUAUUUCUAAUGGACAGGUAUUCUGAGCUGUAAAGUAUUUUUGUACAAAUUUACUACUUUGUUAGCAUGAUGUUUAUCGUCUAUGUAUAAAUUUGGGGAUUCCUACAGCUGUAAUCCUUUGUAUGGCCGACAAAGAGAAACAAUAAAACGACAUACCGAGUGGUGAGGUGACGCUGAUUUGAUCUCUGUCAUAUGAAACCUCAUUAAGUGUGGUAAUCUAUGUUGGAUCGUUUCCCCCGAUGAUGUGAUCACUUCAAGUCAAGUCAUUUUUAGUUGUAUACCGCUUUACACAUCACACAUCAUUUCAA